AUGUGUAUGGCAUUAUUGUUCAGAUGUUAUGGGUUCUGGUAUACAACUGUACCUCACAAGGUGUUUACCCCUGUGAUACCUGACAAGGUGUCUACCCUUGUGAUACCUGACAAGAUGUCUACUUAUGUGGUACCUGACAAGGUGUCUACUUAUGUGAUAGCUGACAAGGUGUCUACCCUUGUGAUACCUGACAAGAUGUCUACUUAUGUGAUAUCUGACAAGGUGUCUACUUAUGUGAUAUCUGACAAGGUGUCUACCCUUGUGAUACCUGACAAGAUGUCUACUUAUGUGGUACCUGACAAGGUGUCUACUUAUGUGAUAUCUGACAAGGUGUCUACCCUUGUGAUACCUGACAAGAUGUCUACUUAUGUGAUAUCUGACAAGGUGUCUACUUAUGUGAUAUCUGACAAGGUGUCUACCCUUGUGAUACCUGACAAGAUGUCUACUUAUGUGGUACCUGACAAGGUGUCUACUUAUGUGAUAUCUGACAAGGUGUCUACCCUUGUGAUACCUGACAAGAUGUCUACUUAUGUGGUACCUGACAAGGUGUCUACUUAUUUGAUAUCUGACAAGGUGUCUACCUUUGUGAUACCUGACAAGAUGUCUACUUAUGUGGUACCUGACAAGGUGUCUACUUAUUUGAUAUCUAACAAGGUGUUUACUUAUGUGAUAUCUAUCAAGGUGUUUACCCCUAUGGUACCUGACAAGGUGUCUAAUCUUGUGAUACCUGACAAGGUGUCUACUUAUGUGAUACCUGACAAGGUGUCUACCUACCUGAUAUCUGACAUAGUAUCUGCCCACUUGCUAUGA